GCUUGGCGUAGGAGUCAGAUAGGCAGGUGACGUGGCACAUCGCAGCCACACAUACGGAGCCCCGAGAUAUUUUCUCCCCCCGCCCCGCCCAAGUAGCUGAAGAUAUUUCCCUCCGUUGGAUCUGUGGCGGUUCCCGGUGGACUCGGCAUUACGGACCGUCCGAUCUCCGUCGCUGCUUUGACGCCAGAUUUUUAGAUAUUUCUUUUUGGCUUCGAGGGGGCGGGGGGAAAGUCGUCUUUGGCUCACAGAGCUUUCCUUUCGUGGCAGCGGGAGCGGUUCGUCUUCGCCACGGCGGUUGAGAGUGUAGUAACCCACACAGCGCGCGCGCGGUAAAAGUGAAAGUUGAAGUGAGAGAGGCAUGGGAGAGGUGGUGCUGAGCAGCUCCGACACGGCGGCGGAGGCGGAGGCCGAGGUGCCUGCCACGGCGGAGGGCGAUGCUGGAGGCGAGCGGAGAGCCGGCGUCGGAUCUCCGACCGGAGUUGUGAAGUGGGAGAGGUUCCUGCCGAGAAUGGUACUGCGAGUGCUGCUGGUCGAGGCUGAUGACUCCACGAGGCAGAUCAUCGCGGCUCUCCUCCGGAAAUGCAGUUACAGAGUUGCUGCUGUACCCGAUGGCUUGAAGGCAUGGGAGCUACUGAAGGGAAGACCACGUAACAUAGACCUCAUAUUAACAGAAGUCGAUUUGCCAUCAAUAUCGGGAUAUGCUCUGCUUACAUUAAUUAUGGAGCAUGAUAUCUGCAAGAACAUUCCCGUUAUCAUGAUGUCCUCGCAAGAUUCAAUCAGCACUGUGUACAAAUGCAUGAUGAGAGGGGCUGCUGACUAUCUUGUCAAGCCGAUCAGGAGAAAUGAGUUAAAAAAUUUGUGGCAGCAUGUUUGGAGGAGACAAUCGUCAACUUCUGGGUCGGAGGGUGGACAGGAUGAUAAUGUUGCAUUGCAAAAGGUCGAGGCAACUGCAGAAAACAAUGCUGCAAGUAAUCAUUCAAGUGGUUACAUGGCAUGUUUAGACAGAGAUAAGGAAUUAAUUGAAAAAGGAAGCGAUGCUCAGAGUUCUUGCACUAAGCCAGAUGUGGAAGUUGAUGUCGCUGAAGUUCAACAGAAACAGGACUCUCAUUUGAAUGAGGCGAAGAUACUGACGCCUGAAAAUAUCAGAUCCAGUCAAGAAGCGGCGGUUACACAAGACAAGACUUCCGAUGGAUUAGCAGUGGCCGAAUCUUCUCAUGUGUCGAGUCAAAGCAAGCAUGUCAACCCUGAAAUUCAUGAGAGGGAUGCAAAGGUUGCCACUGUGGGUUGUGGUGGUAAUGUUGUGACUGUUAAUUCCUAUGGAGAAGCCAUUAACUUAAUCGGAGCAUUUGAUAAUCACAAUCGGAGCAGUUACAUGGAUUCCUCUUCAAAUUAUGCCACAAGGAAGUCAGACAUAUCACCGGAACUUGACCUUUCUUUGAGAAGAUCCGAAAGUUGCUUCACUAGUCAAAGAACGGAAGAACGGCACACACUCAAGCAUUCAGAUGCUUCAGCCUUUUCGCGGUAUGUUAACAAGCCCUUGCGUCCAGUGCCGCUAGGAUUAGCGAAUCUUCCCAGUAGAGAGAGAGAUUGUGGGAGGAACCCUGAUGAUAAUGUUUCUUGUGCUGUCAAGAGUCAUAACUUGGAUAAUCGAGGGCUCGCUCAAGCUUCUAUGACUAAUAUCAUGUCAUUGGCUAAUGCUCAAUCUGGACAAUCGGAAUAUGUUCCUUCACGUCCUCAACAGUUACUUCCUGCUCCAAUUCCAGUUAGAGGUUUGAGGUUCGAAAAUUUAAGCACUGAAUACAGUUCCAUGUAUCCUCAAGCUUAUUGUGCACAAUCUGGUCCAUCACCAGUGCCAAGUCCAAGUGAGGGUGCCCAACGAGAACCCUUCUUGCGGGUCGAUUCCUUUCAGCAGUCCACCUGUGAAAACAACACUCUCGAACGCGUGAGAGACACACCUGACCCAAAUGUCUGCAAUUCCUCCAACCAAAGCAGGCAGAAUCAAAACCACGACUUUAAGUUUGACUCUGUGGAGGACCGAGGGCACAUUUCACCUGCCACUGAUAAGAGUGCCAGCAGUAGCCUCUGCAAUGGUGGCGCUUUGACUCAUCUCCAUAGUAUGGAUUGUGGAAGCAUCUGUGGAAGUAAUGGAAAUGUCAAUCAGGUUCCAAUUACCAGACAUGCUGGGGAAAGCAGGCCAGUGGAAGAGAGUUCUCAAAGAUCGAUCCAAAGGGAAGCGGCUCUUGCCAAGUUCCGAUUGAAGCGGAAAGAUAGGUGCUACGAGAAGAAGGUUCGGUAUGAGAGCAGGAAAAAGCUUGCAGAGCAGCGUCCUCGUGUGAAGGGACAAUUUGUUCGACAAGCGCAGAGUGAUCCUGCAACUGAAGAAACUAAUCCUUGAGGGUGGUUCUUAGCGUAUAUUUAGGGUUUAAGCUGCCACAAAGGAACGGGAUAGUCUUCCAUCUGAUAAUCCGGUCUAGUACGGUGCAGUUCUCCCUCCUCCUCUUGGAGGAGGCAGAGUAAUUGGGUGGACAAUAAGUACUUCGGAAUAUGCUUCUAACUAUGCAAAAGAUCGCUCGCCCAUCUCCUCUGUGGACAUAGAUAUCGUCUUGGUCCGUGGAUCGUUGUAAUAUAACAUUUUUCACCUGUUCUUUUCCUUCUUUUGUUUUCAUCUGGUUGUUUUCAUCUGGUUUCUUUAACUCGAUGAGGUAUCUGCUUAGGAGUUGUACUUAGUCGUGUUUGUUAAACAGCUAGGUUGAUACUUGGAGUAGCUUUAGGUUGAAUUGAAUGUGACUCAUAACCUUCGUAUGCUGAAUUUCCAAUAUAUAUAAUUACGUGAAUUGCAGAA